GUAAUAGUGCUUUUUUUCUCCUUCCUAUCAUCUACGUACAUAAUGGGGCGAAAGCCUUUUAUAAGCAUAAAAAACACUCUAUUCAUUUCACUGAUAACCACCCAAAACAAAAUGAAAUGAAUGAUUAUAGUUUAAUAGUAAAUGAAAGUUCAUUUACUGAUGUUAUUUCUGAGAAUCUGAAGAAUCUAAACGUUGAAAAUAACAAUGCUGAGAACCUGAAUAUUGAAAAUAACAAUGCUGAGAACCUGAACGUUGAAAAUGAUAAUGAUGAACUGCCAACGGACAAUUCUAAGAAUACAAGUCACCAUUUACCUUCAGUUCAUAUUGAGUUAUACUGUGAAAAAACCUUCGAAACAUGGGACAAAUGUCAGGAGGAUUGUGAACAAUCUGGUAAAUACACUCCAUAUAAGAGCACCCUACCUGAAAAACAAAGAAAUAAGGGUUCAAAAAGGAUAAAUUGUCCUUUUCUUGUUAACACAUCUAAGAAUAAGAGUUAUGGAGAUGAGAUGGUAAUCAAAUUGAAGUCUAUGUGUCUUGAACAUAACCAUACAUUGGUUCCUGAAAAUGCAGCUUUUGCCACGGAAUAUCGGAAGCUUACUACAGAAAUAAAAGAACUUAUUAAAAGCUAUACACUCUGUGAUGUUGAUAUCCCAAAUCAUGAAAUGGAGGGUAGUGAUGCUGCAAAGCUCCUUCAACAUUUUGAAAAAGAGCAUUCCAAGGAUCCUGAUUGCAUUUUUGCUGUUGUCGAUAAUAAUUUCAAAUCACAGAUUGUUGCACAGGCUGUAUUACUUGAUGAAACAAGUAAAAGUUAUAGAUGGGUAUUACAACAGACAAUCAAAGCUACUGAAGUUCAACCCAAUGCCUUUAUUAUUAAUGCUGAUCUAGGUCUUGAGAGCGUAGUUUCUGAAAUAUUCCAGACACCUACCUUCUUCAUUGUGUUUGGCAUAUUGGAUGCAAUCUUGAAAAACAAUUGUCCAAACCUCUUGGCAUUUGAGAGAUAUUGGCAACAAAUAAUGAUUGAUUUUCCAGAAUCAACCGAAUAUCUGCUUAGACAACUUGAUACAUGUAAAACAACAUGGGCAAAAGCUUUUACAGGCCAAGUUUUUACUGCAGAAAUAAUAUCCACCCAAUGGUCUGAAUCCAUAAAUAGUAUAAUCAAACGAAUGAAAUAUGUAACACCUAAAAUUUUACAAUUGCACAUUGAUCAAAUGAAUAAAGCAGUUCUGUAUAAUAGUAAAAAGGUUGCCCUUGAUAAUCUGUAUAAUUUAACACUGGACAUGGUCGAGAAUGGGCUGAUUGAAGUUGAAUAUGACUUACACCAAAUACAUUUUGAGGAGCUUCUUGAAAAAAUUGAUCAUUCUUUAAUAGCUGAAAUUUGGAAAGUUCAUUCCAUUGAGAAUAAGUUAAAUAUUGGACAAUAUGUAGUUUUAUUAAAAAAUGGCUUUCAUUUAUGCACCUGUAUCUUGUUAUUUGAUAGUAGAAUUGUAUGUCACCAUUGGUUCUAUGUUAUUUUACAAUCAGAAAAAGGUCUUUUUCAUAUUUCUCUUAUUCCAAACUCUGCUGCAAAAGCCAAUGGUCGAAAACAUUUUAUAAAAGGAUUAUUACUUAAACUUGCACACAAAUGCGUGGAAUUAGUUGAUUAUGAUGAUCCUAAUGAUCCUGAUCCACAAAAUACUGAAGAUGAUCAAGCUUCAGAAUAUGAGCAAGUAGAUAAUGAAGUCUUAGAAUGCGAUCUGGCUAUGGAAGAUGAUCAAUUGACAGAAGGCGAUCAAGUUAUAGAGCAUGCACAAACAUCUUAUCUUGAUGUUCAACGACAUGUUGGAAAAGGUCACCCUGCAAAAAAGUGA